AAUGGUAUUUCUCCCAUCUGUUACACGCUGGGUCCCAAUCGUCGCGUAAACGGUUCUGUGGUGGGCGUGGAGUCUGAUCUGAAUCAGAUAUGUCUGCCCGAGGAAAAGGAGGCAAGUCCAAGGACAAGCAGAAGUCGCGCUCCAGUCGCGCUGGCCUGCAGUUUCCUGUUGGUCGCAUCCAUCGGCUGCUGCGCAAGGGCAACUAUGCCGAGCGCGUGGGCGCCGGCGCCCCCGUGUACCUGGCUGCUGUGAUGGAGUACCUGGCCGCCGAGGUCCUGGAACUGGCGGGAAAUGCCGCCCGGGACAACAAGAAGGCCAGGAUCAUUCCUCGUCACUUGCAACUGGCAAUUCGUAAUGACGAGGAGCUCAACAAGCUGCUGUCGGGCGUCACGAUAGCUGAGGGUGGCGUUCUCCCCAACAUCCAGGCUGUCCUGCUCCCCAAGAAAAGUGAUACAAGCACGAAGGGCAGCAGCAAGGGCCAGAGUCAAGACUACUAAGUGACGACUUGCGCCGGUGAUUAUCGGCAUUGGGGUAUUCUGUGUUUUCGUUCAUAAAUAAAUGAUGUUCUUAC